AUGGCGUCGUGUGAUGACGACUUCUCUCUCCUAGGCGACGAUCAAUCAAACCCUAAUCAACAACAUCACCACCACCAGGUUCUUCAUCACGCGCCGUAUGCUCCUAGGCGAUUCAACCCGAAGCCCUCGAACCAGAUCCAUGUGCCCCAUCACCAGAGGAACGGCGACGAGGACGACGAGAACGAUGUCGUUGUCGAGGCGUCCUCUGCUUUUCACGGAGUAAAUCCCUUCUCGGCGGACGAGAAUUCAAAUCCGUAUGAUAAUAACGCAGCUGUCGACGGAGACGAGGAUCUGGAUGCGAACAGAUCCAGAAUCGGGGGCGUUCGUCUGGAGAAGAGGCAGAAUCAGGAUGAGCUUAGUGACGGAGGAACAACGAAUGGCGGUGAGACCACGCCGUAUGGUAGCUUCAAGAGGCCGAGGACAUCGUCUUCCUCCGCCGGUGAGUACCGGAAGGACAGGGAGGAAUGGAGCGACGCGGCGAUCUCGUGUUUGUUAGAUGCAUACUCGGACAAGUUCACACAGCUCAAUCGAGGGAAUCUGCGUGGAAGGGAUUGGGAAGACGUUGCUUCAACGGUGAGUGAGAGGUGCGAGAAGCUGAUUAAGAGUGUAGAACAGUGUAAGAACAAGAUCGAUAAUCUCAAAAAGAGGUAUAAGCUAGAAAGGCACAGGAUGAGCAGCGGCGGAUCAUCAGCCAGCCACUGGCCUUGGUUCAAGAAGAUGGAAGAGAUUGUGGGCAAUUCCUUGGCCACAAAAGGUGCGUCUGAUGAAGAUAGAAGUGGCAGCUCACUGGGAAAUGCUGUGAAGCCAGCGAGGAGGUACUGCAGAAACGAUCAUUUUACACUGUUAUAG